AAAUACGUGCGUUUUACUAAAACGCGACGGAGUGCACAGGUCGGCUGCCGCCGCCAGUCGUCGUCCCGUAAACCAGACCCUGCUGGGCCGAAGUCCAAAAACAACGAGGCUUGCCUGCCUCACCUCGAAUCUCCAAAACACACCUAUUUUCCGCAACAGCUCGGAUCGACAUAGUGGGACAGUCUAGUUUGAAUUGUCAGGAGGGAACUUUUUCGGCAAAAGGUACAGGAAUUGAUGCACGCAUCAACCUCACGGCGGCAAUCCGCCCCAGCGUCUAGUGUAUCGGCACCCGGAACUUCACCUGCGGUCGGCAAGACCAGCAUUUCCUGCGUAGCUUGCAAACAGCGAAAGAAGCGAUGCGACCGACUUUUUCCAUGUUCAACCUGCGUCGAAUUUGGCAUUGAAUGCGUGCCCGGCACUCGCGCGCCGUACUCGUAUCGGAGGCGUAAUGCACCAGGGCAUGUUGCGUCUUGUCCGCCCGCACCUGCACGCACCCCAACAAACAGUCAUGGCAACAACAACGGUCUCAGUGUUUCAAGAAGCAAUCAUCACCCCAAUUCCGAAUAUGACAGGAAAAGCCAGCAACUGUGGUCUUGUAUCAGUGAGGAAUUUUCCGGUACUGCUAUGCGAGAGGUCACCUCGAACAACGAGAAUGAAUCUAUGUUGGGUCCGCUUGGAGAUCCCUUUUGCUCAAUGUUCACGAGCUCCCCGCAAUCACUUGACCUCCAAGAAGUGCAACCUUCUCCCUCUAUCGCCUUGAUAUUGUGGGAAACGUUUCUGCGCAACGUUCAUCCACUGUCAAAAAUCGUUGAUGUCCGACAUCUGCAAACUAAAGUGCAGCAAGACCUUGAAGCACUUGACAAGUAUCACUCAGCGCUAUUCCUAGCCAUAUACACUACAGCUAUUACUUCCAUGAAGGAGACUGAGUGUGUGGCAAUCUUAGGCAGUAGUAGGACGAGCUUGUUGACCCGAUAUCUGGGCGCAACUCAAGUCGCCUUGGCCAACGCAGGGGUUAUGAAGUCACACAACUUAACCGUGUUGCAAGCAUUCCUGAUAUAUCUCUUAGCCGCGAGAUUAAUAUAUGACUCUCAAGCAAUGUGGUUGAUGACAGGGAUGGCUGUCCGAAUGGGUCAACGCAUAGACCUCCACCUUGAAAAUGGAGAGUCACUGUCGGUCAAUUCAGAAAUUCGACGAAGAGUCUGGUGGCAGAUUCUUAUGAUGGAUGGUCGAAGCACACAGCUCGCUGGAGCGCAAGUACAACCGACCCCAGUUACUCCCGGCUACCCAUUGCCACUGAAUGUAAACGAUGAUGAUCUGAACUACUUAUCCGACAGCAUGCCUACGCCUAAAAAGGGCCCAACUGACAUCAUCUUUUGCUUGCUUCGAUAUGAGGUUGGUCUUUACUUUGCACAUCACGGUCGAAAGUUCUUUGAUCCUACCAGUACUAUCGAGGAAAAAGACGCGAUGAUCAACGAGUUUGAGGAUCACAUUGAAAUCAAGUAUUUGCGAUACUGCGAUGCGACCAACCCUUUGCACCUCAUUUCUUCAGGUGGUGCCCGCUCGGCGAUAUGCAAACUGAGGCUCAUGGCCCAUCAUCUGAGUCAGUAUUCCGACAAAGGGGCGAGUCUCCCACAGUCAGAAUAUAACUUGCUUUUUACGACGAGUAUGAAGAUGGUUGAAUACGACGUUCUUGGAUACACCACUGCAUCUAUAUCCGGGUUUCUAUGGCACAUAAAGGUUUAUUUCCAGAUGGACGCGUUCGUUUUCAUGCUCAUUGAAUCCUUGAAACAACCACCAGGGCCCAAGGUGGACAGAGCUUGGACCUUGGUAGCUGAUGUGCUUCGGUAUCAUCCGGAAUUAAUGACCGACGAGUCCAAACAGUUGUCGUUUGAAGUCCGGCGCUUGGUUGCGAGAGCGUGGGUAGGAAGAGUUAACAACGCCAUCAAAGCUGGCCUUGUACCACCCCAACCACCUGCGGAAGUACUACAAAUUCAAGAGCGUUUAGAAUCCACUCAACAGGCAUUGCCAACUCAGGAAUCAGAGGAUCACAACAAUGAUACCAACGCCGCUGAUCGCCAGACUGUCACGGACCUCUUUCCCACUUCUUUGGAGUAUGAGGCCUUUUUGGACGAUAAUGUCCUCGAUUGGAGUCAUUGGAUGGAUCUCGGUGUGUAACCUGAAUCGGCUUCAAGACAACCGAUGCUGCUCGGGCGGCGCAUCGACGCGGACCCGUGUCACCAGCUUCGGGCUCGACCCGCAGCGUUCGGCUCCGAGACGUUCUGGUGUACCUUAUUGUGCCUUUGCAAACAAAGCAGGAGACAGCUAGCCUAAGUGUAGGUAAACGUACAUGUUGUCAAUUUUUAGUUGUUGUGAUGACAAUGCUGCCCUAUUAACUUGUAUUGACAACCUUGCAAAUUCCAAUUCUUGAUCCUUGCGAGGAUUUUGAAAUCGCCCGUCAUCGUCGCGUACCGGUUACGCGGCCGCAGCGCUAAAUCUCUUCAAAUUCAUAUUCAUCUCUAUAUCAU